AUGGCCCCGCCACGAGAGACUGACGUCGUUUACGACGAGAAGAGCCAUGAAGCACCAGCCAUCACCAAGAAUCCCGAAUCUAUUGAUGCUAAGGAUGCAAAAAAUGACAAGUUUGGAGAAACGCCUUACGAAACCGAGAUCUCUUCCAGUUCUGAUGAAGAAGAACGCGGUGGUGAGGUCAAUGCUCUUGAGACUGCAGAAGAUAUCGUUACCGCAAUUAUUAACGUCGAUGAUGAUCCAACCUUGAAUCCCUGGACUUUCCGCAUGUUCUUCAUUGGUUUGGGUCUAUCUGCUUUUGGAGCUGUACUCCAAGAGAUCUUCUACUUCAAGCCUCAAGUCAUUUAUGUAUCAGUCAUGUUCUUGACUAUUAUCGCAUACGUUAUUGGAGAAUUCAUGGCUUUUGCCAUCCCUAGAUGGGGUGCAGUUGGUCGAUUCCUUAAUCCUGGCCCAUUUAACCAAAAAGAGCACGCUGCCGCUGUUAUUAUGGCAUCGGCCGCCGCCGUUUCGGCUCUAUCCACGGAAGCAUUAGCAGCUCAAAAGCUUUGGUACGGAGGAUAUCCUAGUCAAGCUGCCGGUGUAUUUUUGACUUUAUCUUCACAAUUAAUUGGUUACGGUGUUGCAGGUAUGAUGAGAAGUAGUCUUCUGUGGCCUACAAAGAUGCUUUACCCAGCAAAUCUUCCAGUUACUACUGUCUUGGAAACGUUACACAAAGAAAAGACAGCCAACAAGAAGAGAAUGAAGGUUUUCUGGAUCAUUUUCUUUGCAUUAUUAGUUUGGGAAUUGCUUCCCGAGUAUAUUUUCCCACUCCUUAUUGGUGUAUCCAUCUUUUGUCUCGCAGAUCAACACAACCUCGUCUUCACCAAUCUUUUCGGAGGCGCAAACGGAAACGAGGGUGUAGGAUUCUUAUCCCUAUCUUUCGACUGGAACUAUGUUGCUAGUUUUGGAUCUCCUCUGGUUGCCACUUCAGACUUUGUAUACUAUGGCAACAUUUGGAGGGCACAAGAUUUCCCGUUUUUGUCUCAACAAUUGUUCAAUGGCGAUUCGAACUUCACCUUCUACGAUACUUUCAAUGAGACCACAAUCCUCAAUGACGAUUUUACUGUGAACGAGGAGGCUCUUGAAGCUGGAGGUAUUCCUUAUAUGGCUUCCACCUAUAUUGUUUAUCUCAUCACAUCCAACAUGGGAUUCACAGCUAAUUUUGUUCAUAUGUUUCUCUGGAAUUAUGAUGACAUCAAGGCCGGAUGGGCUUGGGCUAACAAGGCUACACUGAAGAAGUUGUCAACACCUUCCCAUUAUAUGUUCUGGAAAAGCAAUGGCAGCAAACGCAGUGAAGAACAAAAGCAAAUUUUGAGGGAUGAUCCUAACAUUGAUCCGCAUUACAAAGUUAUGUUGGAUUACGAUGAAGUCCCUGAUCUAUGGUACUUCUUGGCAUUUGUGGCAAGUUUCAUUACUUCGAUGGCUUGUCUCUAUGCUAUGAAGUCUACUCUUCCAUGGUGGGGUUUGAUCUUGGCUAUGCUUUUCUUGACAGUUUUCAUGUUAUUUUUUGGUGCUCAGUAUGCCAUUACUGGUUUCCAAUUCAAUAUUGAACCUGUUGCUCAAACUCUCGCCGGAUAUUUAUUCCCUGGAGCUCCUCUUGCGAACAUGUACUUCACUACCUUUACUUACAAUGCUCUUCAGCAAGGACAAUAUCUCCUCCGAGAUUUGAAACUCGCUCAGCAAAACAAGCUUUCUCCAAAGGUCACAUAUACAACGCAGAUAAUUGGAUGUAUUUUCGGUGCUUGUCUGAAUUACGUCAUGAUGAUCACCAUCGUCAAGAAUCAAGCUGCAAACCUUCUGACUAUUGAAGGAACACCCAUUUGGUCAGGAGCUAACGUUCAAUCCUUCAACUCCCUCGCAAUUGCGUGGUCUAUUGCACCUAAGAUGUUUUCUAUCGGUGCUCGUUACCAAUGGGUCACCAUCGCAUAUCUCCUCGGAUUCAUCGUUCCCGUUCCUUUCUGGCUCCUCAACAGAUAUUUCCCCCAACAACGCAUUUGGUCAUACCUCAAUCUCUCCAUUAUUCUCUGGUAUUUUGGAUAUCUUUGUGUUGGUAUCAACUCCAGUGUCUUCAUGUACUACUACAUUGGAGCAUUCGGUCAAUUUUACCUUCGAAAAUGGAGACCAAAGUACUUCGUCAAGUGGAACUACUUGGUUUCUGCCGGUCUUGAUGGUGGAACUCAAGUCAUGCUCUUCCUCCUUACUUUCGCUGUUGCGGGAGGAAGUGGUGUCAGUAGACCGUUCCCAGAGUGGGCUGGAAAUGCUGCCAGUGGUAAUGUAGAUAAAUGUAUGUAUAAUGAGGCUAAUGGAUAA